AUGAUUCGCCAAAGAAGAAGCUCACAAAAGCCAGGAGACGAUCUCCUCGCCAACUUCAGGCAACAGUUUCCAGAAGUCGCCACAACAGGGACAAUACCGACGAACGGCGCCCCGGCCGGCCUGGCGGCGGGCCCGGAGCUGGCGAGAACGGCCAUCACGAUAGGUGCCUACUACACGCCAACCCCGGGCGGAACCAACACCAUCUACCACCCUCAAGCUGGCGAUUUGCACACUCCCACCCUCGGAUUAGGGAUGGGCUUGAACACGCCUCUCUCGCUCUCAACCUCCGAGGCUACCAUGCAUAACCCGGCAGCCAUGAUGGAUUUGAACCAUUUCCAAAACAUGCAAAUGGGACAGUUCAAUGACGGCGACGACAAGAUGGGUGCGAUAAAUGGCGGCUAUCACUCCAUUUCACCCGUAGACAUGGACGGUCGACCUCAAUACAACGGAAUGCAUAUGUCGGCCCCUCUCCCCUCGUCUGCCGAGAAGUUCCGGUUCCACGCGACCCUUAACGCGCCCACGGCCAUGAUUAAGCAUACAGACGAAAUUCCCAUCACCUACCUCAACAAAGGCCAAGCCUACUCUCUUUGUAUCACAGACACGGGCGCCAACCUCCCCAUAGUGCCGGGCACUCGUUACCGAACAUUUGUUCGAGUCUCGUUUGAGGAUGAGCAGCAGCGUCAGAGGCCUGCUGCUUGCUGGAGCCUGUGGAAAGAAGGUAGGGGCACCAACGAAGCUCACCAACGAGGGGGAAAACUUCAGGCGGUCGAGUUCAUUGAAGCCCGAGACCCCGGUGAAGGUGACGAUAAGCGCACCCGGGUCGAGCUCGAGACCUCGUCUUUCGAUGGCUUCUCCGUCAUCUGGACACCCGGCAUCCACGGAACGGCGGAGGUUAGCAUUGCUGUGCGGUUCAAUUUCCUUUCUACCGAUUUCAGCCAUUCCAAGGGUGUCAAGGGCAUCCCAGUAAGGCUGUGCGCUAAAACGAGCCCUUACCCCAUCGAUACGUCGAAACCGCCUCCAAAUGACGGCUCGGUCGAGGUUUGCUUCUGCAAAGCCAAGCUCUUCCGUGAUCACGGAGCGGAGAGGAAGCUGUCCAACGAUAUUGCUCACGUCAAGAAGACGAUUGACAAGCUCAAGCAGCAGAUUUCUCAGGUCGAGAGCGGGAUGAAGGACUUUGGCAAGAGGAAGCGGACUGGCGGCGGCGCGAACAAGAUUGACCCGCAGCGACCGGGCAAGGUUCAGAAGCACAAGAGAACUUGGUCCAUGUCUUCCACGAGCUCGGUAAACGGGGCAAGCAAGCCGCCUGCCGAAGACGACUGGCAUGUCAAGCUCCAGACGCUACAGGACAUGUUUACCAGCACGCGGCCCAUCAGCAUUCUCUUCCUCCGCGGCGAGGAGCUCGACGACCCUGACCUGCAUCCAGUGGCCCUGCCCGGCGAUCCGGACUUUUCCAAGUUUGAGGAUAGGAACAGUGCCGUUUGGCAGGCUCGGAGCGGUCGAAGCUCGGUUACGAGCUCCUCUCUCGUGUCGCCCUCCACCAGAUCACCCUCUCUAGCUUCCCAAGUAUCAACAACGGGCAUGGGUCAGUGGAGCGUUGACGGUAACGAAAAUGACCGGGCGGCUUCGGACAAGUUCAUGAUCAAGAAGAACGGUUACAGUUCAGGAAAUCUUAGUGGCUGGAUCGAGACCCUCGGAGUGGAUCCCAGCUACAGACCUCCUGUUGAAAGAGAAGUAGGGCCCGUAGCCUGCUUCUACGUACGGCGCCAGGAGAACAGGGCACAGAGCAAGCCCAGCCUAUAUCGGGCGGUCUACCUAAUGAAGCGCACCCAAGACGAGCUCAAGAACCAAAUCGGAUCGAAAUGGGAUAUGGAGCCUUCCAAGAUCCAAAGAAUGAUUCGUGUCACACCGAGCGGCGUCGAAGUCGAGAUUGACGAUGACGUGAUCAGCGAGGUCGACGAAGGCCAAGACAUGAUUAUGGAGGUGACUGAGCUCGACAACGGUGCGCCGGUAAAGACGGAAUGGGAGAUGAUGAUUGAUACAGGCGACAACGACACCGAUGGAAUGCCUAAGCAGAGGGGCUACGAACUCAGAUUCCACUUCUGA